AUGUCGUCUCCUAUUCUACCCAACCGCCAAUCAACAGUCCUUGCCAGACACGAAUUUUAUGAAUCCGACGAGCGAGUCGUUCUCUCUGUCUUUGAUCGUGGCGCAGAUCCUGCUGAGGUCACCGUCACUUUUGAGCCGAGAAAGGUCAUCUUUCACUUCACCUAUGCCCAUGGCGAGAAAUCUCUCGUUCUCGAGCCCUUGAAGGGCCAGAUCGAUCCCGACGCCAGUGAUUACACAGUAGGCAAGGUCAAGGUCGAGAUUCGACUGGUGAAACGUACGCAAGGAAGAUGGGGAUCGCUUGUCGGAGACUCUCCAGACCCACUCGCCAAUACCACGUACUCCGCAGCACCUGAGACAAGGCCCGCUCGUAAACCUGCUAAGAAUUGGGAGGGCAUUACCACAGAAAUUCUCGGUAGCGACAAAGAGAAAAGCACCGACGAAGAUCCCAACGUUGGAGGAGACAGCACUCUCAACGGCUUUUUCCAAAAGAUUUUCGCCGACGCUGAUGAAGACACUAAACGAGCUAUGAUGAAGAGCUAUUCGGAAAGUGGUGGUACCACCCUGAGCACCAACUGGGAUGAGGUUAAAAAGGCGCCAGUGGAAGUCAAACCUCCCGCAGGUUCUGAGUGGAAAAAGUGGAAUUGAACUUGAGCAUCGUACUCUUUCGAAGAAUCGUCUGUUUUCUACUGGCUUUGUCGCAAUGCUCAUAUGUACGAUCUAUUGAGAUGGUC